AUGCCAAGGUUACCAGUUGGUCGAGGUCGUGGUCGAGGUCGUGUUCGAGGCCAAGAAGUUGAUCCAAUUGAUUAUAAUACGAUGAAGGAAGAAUUAUUGAAUGAAAUCCGAGUGAUGAUGGGUCAGAAUAACAUUCAUCAUGAAGAAAGAGACGAGGAAGAAGGGGAUAAUACUAACGAAGAAGGGGAUUAUACCAACCCUUUUGGUAGAGGACGCCGUGAAGGUAGGAUAAUCCAACGUGACGAUUCUGAGCGCUGGAAGGCCGAAAUAAAAGUGGAGGUUCCAGAAUUCUAUGGAGGUUUAGAACCGGAGGAGUUUCUUUCGUGGUUGAACACAGCUGAGAAAGUAUUGGAAUUUAAGGAUGUACCAGAUAACAAACGAGUUCAGCUGGUAGCAACUAUGUUUCGGGGAAGAGCUAAUUCGUGGUGGCAACAACACAAACUACAACGCUCUCGUAAAGGGAAGCAGAAGUUAGUCUCGUGGGAGAAGAUGAAGAAACAUAUGAGAGCAGAAUUUUUACCACACAACUAUAUCAGCUUGAUGUACCAGCAACUACAAAACCUACGCAAGGGAACACGUUCUAUAGACGAGUACACGAAGGAAUUUUAUCGAUUACUUUCUCUUAACGAUUUGUCGGAGUCAGAUGAGCAAAGAGUCGCACGUUAUGUAGGUGGUAUUCCUCAGCAAUAUCAGGAUACACUUAACAUGUUUGACUGUUGUUCUAUAUCGGAUGCACAUCAUAGAGCAAGGCAGGUAGAGAAACAAGUGGGGCGUAGAAGUUCAAAUUGGGGUAACAAUGUAGCAUCUUCCACAACAAGUAAUCGUAGUACGUCAACAACUAGUACUGUUAACAAACCUAAUUCGGUUUCGAACCCAAGUAAAACUCCAAUCAGCUAUUUUGGAGGCAAGUGUAAUAAGUGCGGUGAAACUGGGCACAAAGGCACUGACUGUCGCAAAGUAGAAUGUGUGAACAAGGUUCUUUUCAAUGAAGACAAUCAUGAAGAAGAUUAUUGGGUACCUGAAUAUGAUGAGGAUCCAGAGGAUGACUCUGAACCUAGUGAUGAAGUAGUUACAGGAGAUACAGUUGUGAACUUUGUAGCAAGAAGAAGUUUUCUCACUCCACGUACAGAUGAGGACGACAACUGGUUACGUAAUAAUAUAUUCCAGUCGACAUGUACGAUCGAGGGAAAAGUUUGUCGUUUAGUUAUUGAUCCUGGAAGUUGCGAGAAUAUUAUUGACGAAGAGGUCGUGAAACGGUUUAGGCUGGAAACCAAGGCACAUCCGCAUCCAUAUAAACUUUCUUGGCUUAAAAAAGGGAAUGAGGUGAAAGUAAACAAACGUUGCUUGGUUUCUUUUUCGAUUGGUAACAAAUAUAAAGAUAAAAUAUGGUGUGACAUUACUAGUAUGGAUGCUUGUCACUUGUUGUUGGGACGACCAUGGGAGUUUGACAGGAAAACUAGUCAUGACGGGCAUAAAAUUACCUACAUCUUUUUAUGGAACGACGUACGUAUAGUACUUGUACCCAGCAAAGAAAUUGCACCUAAACCAUCUACCGUACAAACUACCAAUCUCUUGUCGUUUAAGCAGUUUGAAGUUGAGGCAGAAGAUGCAGGAGAACUGUAUGUGUUGAUUAGCAAAGACCAACAGCCGGAUGAAAGUAGUAUCCCUAUUGCAGCUCAACCUUUAAUUAAGGAAUUUAUUGAUGUUUUCCCUAACGAGUUGCCAGACGAGCUACCACCUCUCCGGGAUAUAAAACACCAUAUUGAUCUCAUCCAUGGAUCAAGCUUGCAAAACAAAGCGCAUUAUAGAAUGAGUCCUAAGGAGCAUGAAGAACUUCGUCGUCAAGUGGAAGAGUUGUUACCGAAAGGUUUGAUCCGGCAGAGCCUAAGUCCUUGUGCUGUACCGGCCUUGUUGAUUCCAAAGAAAGAUGGAACGUGGAGAAUGUGUGUUGACAGUCGAUCCAUCAACAAAAUCACAGUAAAAUACCGUUUUCCAAUUCCUAGAUUGGAUGACCUGCUAGAUCAGUUGUGUGGAGCGAAGGUGUUUAGCAAACUCGACUUGAAGAGUGGGUACCAUCAGAUCAGAAUUCGAGAAGGUGAUGAGUGGAAAACAGCUUUUAAGACUUGA